AUGCAGGCCCCUCCAGGACAGAUGCCGCCAGGCAUGCCUCGACCCUCGCCGGAGCAGAUUGCUGCCAUGCAGCGACAGAUCGCAGCCGAUGCGGAAAAGGCCGGCAUGACUGUUCCCCAGUUCAUUCAACACCUUCAACAGCGAGCGCGCGAGCAACAAGCCGCCAUGCAGGCUCAGCAGCAGCAGCAGCAGCAAGGCGGCGAGGGGCAUGACCACGCGCAUCAGCAUCAGCAUCAGCAUCCGCCAGCUCAGGGCCAGCAGCAGCCGAUCAACCAAAACAACCCUCCGAACCCGCUUGCCAUAGUGCUGGCCAACUUUUUGCGAAGCCAGGAUCUGAAACCACGAACCGUCAUCCUUAAUGGGGAGCGGAAGGAUAUGUUUCGAGUCAAGCGAGCUCUUCGUGCAAUUGAGUCUCCGGCCUACGCCAAGCUCCGCCAGAAGCACCCCGACCUGCCCGAGGUCACCGACCGAGCAUCUCUCGAGAAUACCUUCAAACUCCUGCCGCUCUCCAUGCUUGCCCUCCGAGUCCAUAAGGUGGACCCGCACGAGGGCCAUGACCACGGCCCGAAGAAGGGCAAGAGGGUGAAGGGCCAAUGGACCGUGGGCAUUACUCCCCAGCAAGAAGCUGGCGACGACAUGUACUACGUAUGGCUUUACGAGGGUAGCCAGAUCAUGCGCAAGAUCUACGCCGGACUUGCCUUGGUUGCCCUUUUCGCCAUCGUCUGCUAUCCCCUCUGGCCGCUGAAGAUGCGCCAGGGCGUCUACUAUCUCAGCUGGGGCUUCCUUGGUCUGCUGGGCCUUUUCUUCCUCAUGGCCAUCUUCCGCGUUAUCCUCUUUGUCGUCACGUACUUCAUUGUACCCCCAGGCUUAUGGCUCUACCCGAACCUCUGGGAGGACGUAUCUUUCAUGGAUAGUUUCCGCCCUGUCUGGGCAUGGCAUGAUCCCAACCCCAAGAAGAAGAAGAAGUCCAAGAACUCGUCGGGGUCUUCGAUGGCGCAUGCCACCUUUGCUGGUUCCACGGGGCAACCGAUGCCUGCCGACGCGACCACUACCGCAACCGACACCCAGAUAGCUACCGGCCCAUCAGCCAGACCUGGUAAGGCGGGCUAUGUUGCGCCACAGGUCGAGGAGGACGACGAGUAG